AUGGAUCCGUUGUUUUGCCAAUCAGAAACUAACAGCUUUCGACGUUUCACCCCUGAGUCCUUGGCAGCAAUUGAGGAAAGAAUUGCUAAGAAAAAAAGGCAGCAAGCCAAAGUUAACCGGGAGAAUAAGGACCAAGGAGUUGAAGAUAAACUAACCCCUCAGCUUGAUCUGAAAACCUGCAAAAAACUGCCGUCUCUGUAUGGGGAUAUUCCUGUGGAGCUCAUUGGGGAACCCCUGGAAGAUUUUGAUCCAUACUACAGUGAUCACAAGACUUUUAUGGUGAUAAAUAAAAGGAGGACUAUUUUCCGGUUUAGUGCCACGCCUGCCUUGUGUAUAGUUGGUCCUUUUAAUCCAGUCAGAAAAGCAGCAAUUAAAAUUCUGAUCCAUUCAUAUCCUUUUCACGUUUACCUUAACUUAUUAUUCACAUUAUUUGUUGGCUUUAUUACAUGUACUGUGGUACUUAAUUUUGCUUCCAUGGCUAUAACUAAGCUUCAAGAAACACUUGACUGGGCUGAUAUUUUUAUUUCUAUAACUUUAUUAUAUGCUUUCCUUCUCAGAUAUCUUUUUGCUAGCAUAUAUACUGGUGAAAUAUUGAUAAAAAUAUUAGCAAGAGGAUUUGUUUGGAAUGAAUUUACCUUUCUUCGAGAUCCGUGGAACUGCUUGGAUCUUGUUGUUAUUGUCAUAACGUAUAUUACUAUGUUUAAAAGUACGGGCAAGGUUUCAGCUCUUCGAACUUUCAGAGUACUGAGGACUUUGAAAGCUAUUUCAGUAAUACCAGGUCUGAAAGUCAUCGUAAAUUCACUUAUUGAAUCUGUUAGAAAACUCACUGACGUGUUGAUCUUGACUGUUUUUUGCUUGAGUGUAUUUGCUCUAAUAGGCCUCCAGCUUUUUAUGGGCAAUUUAACAUCCAAAUGUGUCCUCAAUAAUGCUACGUACAAUGACACAUUAUGUAUGGAUGCCAAGAUAUAUGUACCAAAUGAUGAAGAUAUCUGCUACAGAAUGAAUAAAUCUUCUGAAAUAUUGCUCUGUGGGUUCAGUUCAGAUCCUGACAAAGAGUGCCCAGAAAACUAUAGCUGCAAGAAGAUUGGGAAGAAUCCUGACUUUGGUUAUACAAGUUUUGAUCAUUUUGGCUGGGCUUUCCUUUCUUUAUUCCGUCUAAUGACACAGGAUUACUGGGAGCGUCUCUACAGACAAACUAUCCGUACAUCUGGAAAGAGCUACGUUUUAUUUUUUCUGGGGGUCAUCUUUUUAUGCUCCUUUUAUCUCUUCAAUCUGAUUUUGGCUGUAGUAACUAUGGCAUAUGAAGAGCAAAAUAGAGCUACUCUUGCUGAAACCGAGGCAAAGGAAAAAUUACUUCAGGAUGCCCAAAAAAUUCUAGAGGCAGAACAGAUGUUGGCUGCGGGAGAAGGUAAUAAGGCCUUACAUGCCAGAUCUGAAAUGUCAGUUGAUGACUUGAAAAGUUCACAAGAAAAAGAGAUUAAGAAAGAAAAAUCUGCUUUAAGAAAAAGCUUAAUUUUAGGUGAUUGUGACAAAGAGGAGCAUCUAUUUCAUUCACAGCCUAAUCACUGCCACAAGAAGCUUAGACACAUACUGCUGUCCUAUGACUUGUCAGUGGAGUCUAUUAAUGAUCCUUUUCGAAGACAGAGGUUAAUGAGUGCAGCCACUGUUAUUACAGAUAAUUUGCAAGAGCAAGAGUCAAAACUGAAAUGCCCUUCAUUAUGGAAACGUGUUGCUCAAAAGUAUCUAAUUUGGAAUUGUUGUCCAUUGUGGAGAGUAGUCAAAGAGAAGGUGAAAUUGGUAAUUUUGGAUCCAUUUGUUGAUCUCUCAAUCAUGGUUUGCAUUAUCGUGAAUACCUUAUUCAUGGCUCUGGAGUACCCUGACAUGCCUUGCAAUUACCAGCGAAUGAUUUUUGUAAGUGACAAGGUCUUCACCCUGAUUUUUGCAGCAGAAAUGAUCUUGAAAAUCAUCGCUCUAGAUCCUUAUCACUAUUUUCAGCAAAAAUGGAAUAUUUUUGAUAGCAUAGUUGUUAUGAUUGGCCUAAUAAGCUUUAAAGAAAAUCUGUCCUAUUUCAGACUGCUCAGGAUCUUGAAAUUGGCAAAGUCCUGGCCAGCCUUAAAUACUCUUAUGAAAAUAAUUCUAAACUCAGUUGGUGCUCUGGGUAACCUCACGUUGGUUUUGAUUAUCACUGUAUUUAUUUUUGCUGUAGUGGGAAAACAGGUUUUGGGCAAUUAUUAUGAGAGUAAUUACCAUAAAAUAAAUACCAAUGAGAAUUUACGCUGGCAUAUGAAGGAUUUUUGUCAUUCAUUCCUGAUUAUAUUCCGAAUAUUAUGUGGAGAAUGGAUUGAAACCAUGUGGGAAUGUAUGGAAGUGGCUGGAAAAGGGCUAUGUCUUCCCAUUUUCUUGCUAGUCCUGGUGAUAGGAAACCUUGUGGUGCUCAACCUGUUCAUUGCCUUGCUGCUGAGUUCAUUCAGUACUGACUCCUCGAUGGGACAAGAGGAACCUGGACAAAUGACUAAAUGUCAGAUUGCCAUUGCACAGAUUCACAAGGGCCUGCAGUCUGUGAAAGACAGAAUUUUGGACCAUUGUGGCAAAAUAAUGAAACAAAGCCUUAAAACAACAGCCAAAAAGAAGACUUUGGUGAAAAUUUCUGCCAAAAACUUAGAUGAAAAUAACUAUAGCAUGACAGAUGUCAGAAAGUAUAUAGACAACAAUUGCUUUGACAUUGGGUAUUACAAUACUGAAGAGAAUUCCUCAGUAACAAGGAAAUAUGAAGAAUUUUUAACCAGUCGUAGUACCUGUGUUCCCAUUGCCGUAGCAGAGAUUUACACCGAUGAAGGUGAUGAUGAGCACAGUGUAUGCACAGAAAUAGAGUACAGAAAACAGGGAGACAGAUUAAGACAUAGAGAGCAGUGCCGAAGUUCAAGCAGCUUCAGUCAGAUUUCUGGGACUUCUGAAACUCUAAGUGGUUUUUCAGAAACACACCAAAAGAAAGAUAAAAAAGAGAAAUGUGAUGCUGGUAGCUAUUCUGAAGCCAGCACUGUGGAUCCAGUUAUUUUUGUGGAGAUGUUUUCCCAGCCUAAAAAGUCACACCUACCUAAGGACUGUUUUGCAGAAAGUUGUGUUGGCUGUUUCCCAUGUUGUGUAGUGGAUAUCACUAAGUUUCCAGGCAGAACUUGGUGGAAAUUUAGAAAAACCUGCUACAGAAUCGUUAAACAUAGCUGGUUUGAAAAUUUUGUAAUUUUUAUGAUAAUACUGAGCAGCGCAGCACUGGCAUUUGAAGACAUUCACCUGCAGGAGAGAAAAAAUGUGAAAAUGCUCCUAGAGUACGCUGAUAAAAUAUUUACCUACAUCUUUUUUAUGGAGAUGCUUCUGAAAUGGGUAGCUUAUGGUUUGCACAGCUAUUUCACAAAUGCCUGGUGUUGGCUUGACUUCAUCAUUGUGUGUGUAAGUAUAGAUAGUGUUUCCAAAGACACAUCACCUUGUUCCUCUGGGAGCGCCCUGAAAUCUUUCAGGACUCUUAGAGCAUUGAGGCCUCUACGAGCUUUGUCAAGAUUUGAAGGGAUAAAGGUUGUUGUAAAUGCACUUUUGGGAGCUAUCCCCUCAAUCUUCAAUGUUUUGCUCGUCUGUGUUGUCUUCUGGCUCCUGUUUAACAUUGCAGGAGUAAAAUUACUUGGAAAAAAAUUUUCAAAAUGCAUACUCGAGAAAGGAAAUAUCAGUAUAAUUGAGAACAAAUAUAAUUGUACAUCCUACAAUGGAACGUGGACAAAUAAUGAUGUAAACUUUGAUAAUGUUGGGAUGGGAUACUUGGCUCUUCUCCAGGUGGCAACUUUUAAAGGUUGGAUGGAUAUUAUGUAUGCAGCAGUGGAUUCGAGAGAGAUAGAUGAACAGCCAAAGUUUGAAGCAUUCUUAGCCAUGUAUAUGUAUUUUGUGAUUUUCAUUAUUUUUGGAUCUUUCUUCAUGUUGAACCUUUUCAUUGGAGUGGUUAUCAGCAAUUUUAACCAACAAAGGAAAAAGAUAAGUGGAAAAGAUCUAUUUUUGACUGAGGAACAGAAAAAGUACUACAAUGCCCUAAAAAAACUUGGAUCCAAGAAACCUCAAAAACCCAUCCCAAGACCAAUGAAUAUGUUCCAAGGAUUACUGUUUGAUAUAGUAUCGCACAAAGCAUUUGACAUUACCAUUGUGACUUUCAUCUGUCUAAAUAUGGUCAUUAUGAUGGCAGAAAAUAGCCAGAAUGGCAUCAAGGACGUUCUUAAUAAAAUCAACUUUGUUUUUGUGGCCAUAUUUACUGGGGAAUGUGUCAUAAAAAUACUAGCUUUAAGACAUUACUUCUUCACCAGUGGCUGGAACAUAUUUGAUUUAGCUGUUGUGGUCCUUUCACUAGUUAGUAUUGGACUUUCUGAAGGCUUUCGAACUUUGUUCUCUCCUACACUUUUGAGAAUUUUUCGUUUGGCACGAAUUGGCCGAAUCCUGAGAUUAGUUCGAAAAGCUAGAGGAAUUCGAACUCUUCUUUUUGCAUUACUGAUGUCUCUUCCUGCACUGUUCAACAUCGGUCUUUUGCUUUUUCUGGUUAUGUUCAUUUAUGCCAUUGUGGGUAUGACAAACUUUGCCUGUCUUGGCUGGGAAGGUGGGAUUGAUAACCUUUUCAACUUUCAAACCUUUGAUAGUAGCAUUCUCUGCCUCUUCCAAAUUACAACAUCAGCUGGCUGGGAUGGUCUUUUGGUCCCUCUGUUAAAAAGAUCUGAUUCAUGUGCUCCCAACUUAAAUUUAACAAGUGAACAGAAAAAAAAUUGCUCAAAUAAGGAGGUUGGUAUUUUAUUUUUUGUAAGCUAUGUCAUUAUAUCAUUUCUCAUUGUUGUAAAUAUGUACAUAGCUGUCAUUUUAGAGAACUUCAGUGUUGCCACUGAAGAAAGCACAGAUCCUCUUUGUGAGGAUGACUUUGAUAUGUUUUAUGAGACCUGGGGAAAAUUUGAUCCUCAGGCAACACAGUUUAUUGAAUAUUCUGCUCUUUCAGACUUUGCAGAUGCUCUGGCAGAACCCUUACGUGUUCCAAAGCCUAAUAAAAUUCAACUCAUAUCCAUGGACCUCCCUAUAGUCAGUGGAGAUAAGAUCCACUGCUUGGAUAUCUUGCUUGCUUUCACUAAAAGGGUCUUGGGAGAAUCUGGAGAUAUGGAUAGUCUUGAAUUACACAUGGAAGAAAAAUUUAUGGCUGCCAAUCCAUCUAAAGUUUCUUACAAGCCAAUUACUACUACCCUCAAAAGAAAACAAGAGGAGGUAUCGGCUCUAAUUAUUCAAAGAGCCUUCAGGAGGUAUUUGAUGCAGCGUUCUUUUAAAAAGAGAACUUUCUUACACCGUCAUAAACACUGUAACAGUGCUGUCUUUGAAGAAGAAACACAUGAGGAGGAAAGUCUUAUUGCAUCAAUACUUAAUGAAAAUAAUUGUAGGAAGCUAGAUAAAUCAUGGACUACAUCUUCCAUAUCUCUCCCUUUAUUUUAUGAUGGUGUUGCUGAAACAGAUAGCGAUAAUGUGGAGACAUAA